UCGCGCGGGGUAUGAACGCGCGUUCGGCGCGUUCAACCGGUUACACUGUCAGGAUAUGGUUGUGCUCUCGAUGCGAAUGGGAUUUCGAGACUUUGCUCGCGAACUGGUAGGCGCAGUAGGAGACGAGGUGAACCAUCGCCUCGAGAAGACUGAACGCUUCUGCGUCGGCGCCAUUGAAGGCGUCAAGGCGACAACUCCCAAGGAGGAGGAGGCACGUCCUCGCAGGGAGCCAGUCAAUGUCAAGUUCCCUGAUUCCUACCGUGGAAAAAGGGAAGAAAACUUUGACAAUUGGGAGGCCAACGUCAAGACUUAUGUGCAUCUGCAACAGGUCUCCCCAAAUCAGCACGUGUUGAUUGCGAUCCAUGCGCUUAAAGAUGAAGCCGCCAGUUUCGCGAGGUCCCUCGUCCGCGCUGCCAUCUGCAAUGAAGAUGCAGUUGCGUAUUCCACAUUCACCCCCCUCGUUGAGUUUAUGAAAUUGCUGCGCGAGCGGUUCGCUGAUGUUGCUCGUAGUGUUAAAGCCUCUGAUAGGCUGAAAACUAUCCAUUCUGGUCAGUGGAAGAGCGCGAGGGCAGUCAAAAGCACAAUGGAUGAGUUAGUGGUUGUUCCUGACCACGGGGUCACAGAGCCCCAAUUGGUCAACCUCUUCUACCGGGCUAUGCCCGAAACAUUUAGAGGGCACUUCUUCGUGAAGAGCCAAGACCCUGCUAUGACGUAUGAUGCGCUUAGCAGGGAAGUGGUGGCGUUUGAGGCAAAGUCUGCGUCAGUUUCCACUUUUUGGCACAAAGACUUAGACAAGGGAAAUAAGUGGAAGGGUCGCACUAUCUCAGGGCAAGUUAAGACUAAGGAUAGUCUUGUUGUGACCUUAGACGAAGGUAGUGUCGACGAGAUCCCGUAUGAACAGAUUGAGUGGGGGUUAGAGGCGGAGGAUAGCGGUGCGAGCCAGGGGAGAACUUACGCUGUUAUCGCGGCUGGAGGGAGGCCGCAAGGAGGAGGACGAGGCCAGGGCCAAGGGGGCCGGGCCUCAGGGAGCCGGUUUCAGGGCGAUCAGGGGGUUGGCGGCAGAGGAGGAAACCGCCAAGCGGGAGGAAGGGGUCAAGGUCCCCGCAAAACCGUCCUAGGAAUAGGUCUCCCUAUAGGCAAGACCCUCCAAGAACAUCAGGGUCAUCUCAGGCAGGUCUUGGAGAAGCUAAGAGAAGCUAACUUCAAGAUCAAUGCAAAGAAGUGUGAUUGGGCGAAGACCCAAGUUUUAUAUUUAGGCCACGUCUUAGACGGAGACGGCGUCAAGCCAGAAGAUUGCAAAAUCGCAGCGAUUAGAGAUUGGCUCACACCGCGCACGUUGAUGGAGUUGCGGUCGUUUUUUGGUUUAGCUAACUACUGUAGGAAGUUCGUGAGGAACUUCUCCACCAUCGUUGCGCCCCUUCGCAAAUUGCUGAGGAAAGAAACAAUCUGGAAGUGGGAUAAGGACUGCACGUCUGCCAUGAAGAAGUUGAAGCAGGCAUUGAUAGAGUACCCAGUCCUUAAGGUAGCCGACCCGUCCUUACCCUUUGUCGUUACUACGGACGCUAGUCAGUACGGCAUAGGUGUUGUGUUGCAGCAAGACGAUGGCAAUGGUUAUAGGCCCGUAGAGUUCAUGUCUGUCAGGAUGCCUUCAGAGAAGGUUGCAACAUCUACCUACGAGAGGGAACUCUACGCUCUCAGGCAAGCAUUAGAACAUUGGAAACACUACUUGCUUGGGAGGCACUUCAAAGUCUAUUCUGACCACGAAACAUUAAGAUGGUUGAAGACGCAGGCCAAGAUAACACCUAAGCUUACUAGGUGGGCCGCAGAAAUAGACCAGUAUGAUUUUGAGCUCAAGCCAGUCAAAGGGAAGUAUAACGUAGCUGCGGGCGCUCUGAGUAGGAGAGCUAAUUACUUUGGGGCCAUAGUCCAUUAUCUAGAUAUAGGGUCCGACCUACAACAAAAAGUUAAAGAGGCGUACGCGCAGGACCCCAUCUAUAGUGAGCUCCUUAAGAGAGUUAAGGAAGCCCCAGAGUCCGAGUCAUAUUACCGCACUACUGAUGGGUUGUUGUUUGAGAAGACUAAUGUAGCAGACCGUUUAUGCGUCCCCAACAGUGAAGAGAUCCGGAGUCUGAUCUUGGGGGAAUGUCACGACACCGAAGGACACUUUGGUUGGCAGAAGACUUUAGCCAACCUGAUGCACGCGUACACCUGGCCAGGAAUGAAAAAUGACUGCAUAGAGUAUAUUCGCAGUUGCAAAGUCUGUCAGAGGAAUAAGUCAACUACGCGUGCCCCUUUAGGUCUUCUCAGACCUUUACCCAUUCCGGAUCAGCCGGGCGAUUCGGUGUCUAUUGACUUCAUGGACACCGGCGUUAAGAGUAGGCACGGCAAGAGCCAAGUUAUGGUCGUGGUAGACAGAUUUAGUAAGUAUGCUAUUUUUGUUCCCUUGUCGUCAGAAGCUAGAACAAAAUUAGUAAUUCAGAAGUUCUUUGAUCACUGGGUCAGUGAACACGGGGUUCCGUUGUCUACAGUUAGCGAUAGAGAUACCCGGUUCACAAGUCUAAAAUGGCAGGAAUUGAUGCGAGUCUACGGAUCCAAGUUGUUGAUGUCAUCUGGCCGUCACCCAGAGACGAACGGUCAGACUGAACAGAUGAACAAGAUCCUGCAGCAAGUCCUGCGCAUGUACAUUAGACCUGAUCAAGUCAAUUGGGAUGAGAUGCUUCCCAAGGUAGCCAGCGCAUACAACAACAACCUGCACCUGUCAACCUGCCGCACUCCCAACGAGCUCCAUAAGUCCUUUAGACCACGAAGACCAUUUGAGGGACUUAACCGGGAUCAGAUUCACAGGCUACCGCCCGGUACACGGGAGUUUGCGAUUCAGCACGAGAAGGAGAUAGCAACUGUUGUUGAGAAUCUCAGGAAGGCCCAGCACCGCAUGAUCUAACAGGCGAACAAGCACCGCCGCCCUUCACGAUUCCAAGUAGGCGACUUGGUCUGGGUCCAGUCUAAAGAGU